AUGUUACAUCCCGUAACAAAUACGGUCGACCCGGACCCCUUCCACCAAAUUAAACUACCACCAUUUAGUAAAGAUGACCCAGAACUAUGGUUCGUCCAAAUCGAAAGAUUAUUUUCGCGAAAACAAAUCCUAUCGGAAUCGGAUAAAGCCGACGUCCUUAUAUUCGGUUUAAACUCGGAAAUCCUAUCAUGCGUAAAAAACAUAGCAUUAAUGACGCCGAGCCCCGUAGACAUUUACUCUCAAAUGAAAAAAGCAAUUUUAUCAAAUUUCGGGAUUUCAAACGAAAUGCGUAUGAGACAGUUGAUCAAAGGCGAUGUUCUGAACGGGAAACCCUCGUUUAUUUUAAAUCAAUUACGUAAUAUCGCGGGUGACAGCUGCAAGGACGAAGUUCUCCGAACCAUCUUUAUGGAACACCUUCCGGAAGAACACCGCGUUAUUCUCGCCCCUUGCACGGUUCAAAACUUGACUGAGUUAGCAACUAUGGCCGACAAAAUCUCUGAACAAGUCCAAACCGUUCAACCUCGGGGAAAUCAAACCCUUGCAAAUGUAGCAGCGGUUUCGACGACGGCAAAUACCGAAGCAAGAUUAGACGCAAUAGUAGCAGAACUCGCGGAAAUUAAACAAAAAUUCGAACGACCGUAUCAGAACAGACGAAGCCGGUUCAGAUUUCAAUCUCGUAAUCGCCGAUUCCGUAGUAAUUCGCGUGAAAAAGAAAACGAAAAAUGCUGGUACCAUAAAAAAUUCGGGAAAGACGCUCGGAAAUGCGGAGAAAACGGAUUCACCAUGAAAUUGCCUACAGCCGCGGGAAACUAA